GUCCGGACUCGGGACUUUUGAAAAGCUCCGGAGCGGGGGGCCGCGGGCUCCGGGGCUGAGCCGCCGCCUGAGGCCGGGACCGAGCCGACCGGCGCCUGCUUCUCUCCGGCGGGGCAGCGCCGGCGCUUCGGCGUCCAGCGGGAAAACCUCAAGGUCAGUUGAACCAGUAGCAUGUCCUGAGGUGCAGCAGCAACAGAAGAAGCAGAGAACAACUUUGUUCUUCUAGCAGUGGCAACAGAAGUGACUACAGGUGUAUGAACAGCACAGAAGAUAAUUUUGCUUUUCAGGGAUGAUGUGGAGGGACACUUUGGGAGUUACUAACCUUGACGGCAUGGAUCAUUCUGUGCUCAGAGGGGAGAUGUCAGCAGUGCUUCAUGACAGAUCUCUAGUGGAAGAGGAAGAUCCUCACAUGAAAGUGUCUCUUGGUAGCAGCGAUAUGGGCGUGUCUGCCCAUCUACAGUCUUCAAAGACAGGGACCACACGAUUUUUCACCAGCAACACUCAUAGUUCUGUGGUAUUACAGGGUUUUGACCAGCUGCGAAUAGAAGGUUUACUUUGCGAUGUGACGCUAGUGCCAGGCGAUGGUGAUGAAGUAUUUCCCGUUCACCGAGCUAUGAUGGCAUCCGCUAGUGAUUACUUCAAGGCCAUGUUCACAGGUGGAAUGAAGGAACAAGAUUUAAUGUGCAUUAAGCUUCAUGGUGUGAACAAAAUAGGUCUGAAGAAGAUUAUUGAUUUCAUUUACACUGCAAAACUUUCUCUUAACAUGGACAACCUUCAGGACACUCUAGAAGCAGCCAGUUUUUUGCAGAUUUUACCUGUUUUGGACUUCUGUAAAGUGUUUCUGAUCUCUGGGGUUUCUUUGGAAAAUUGUGUUGAGGUUGGGCGGAUUGCCAAUACGUACAAUCUCACAGAAGUGGAUAAAUAUGUUAAUAAUUUCAUCCUGAAGAACUUCCCCGCAUUAUUAAGUACUGGUGAGUUUGUGAAACUCCCCUUUGAACGUCUUGCCUUUGUGCUUUCAAGCAAUAGCCUUAAGCACUGCACUGAGCUCGAACUGUUCAAGGCUGCUUGUCGCUGGCUACGGUAUGAGGAGCCUCGAAUGGAAUAUGCUGCAAAACUAAUGAAGAACAUCAGAUUUCCACUGAUGACACCACAGGAUCUUAUUAAUUAUGUACAAACAGUGGAUUUCAUGAGAACUGACAAUACAUGUGUGAAUUUGCUUUUGGAAGCCAGCAAUUACCAAAUGAUGCCAUACAUGCAACCAGUCAUGCAGUCAGAGAGAACUGCCAUUCGAUCAGACAGUACUCACUUAGUAACAUUGGGGGGAGUGUUAAGGCAGCAACUGGUUGUCAGCAAAGAAUUACGGAUGUAUGAUGAAAAGGCACAUGAAUGGAAAUCAUUAGCUCCCAUGGAUGCACCAAGAUACCAGCACGGCAUUGCUGUGAUUGGAAACUUUCUUUAUGUAGUUGGUGGACAGAGCAAUUACGACACGAAAGGAAAAACAGCGGUUGACACAGUCUUCAGAUUUGAUCCUCGCUAUAAUAAAUGGAUGCAAGUUGCGUCUUUAAAUGAAAAGCGUACCUUCUUCCACCUAAGUGCCCUCAAAGGACAUUUGUAUGCAGUUGGUGGUCGAAAUGCAGCGGGUGAACUAGCCACAGUGGAAUGUUACAAUCCAAGAAUGAAUGAAUGGAGCUAUGUUGCAAAAAUGAAUGAGCCCCACUAUGGUCAUGCUGGAACGGUGUAUGGGGGAUUAAUGUAUAUUUCAGGCGGAAUUACCCAUGAUACUUUCCAAAAAGAACUUAUGUGCUUUGACCCCGACACAGACAAAUGGACUCAGAAGGCUCCAAUGACAACAGUCAGAGGUCUGCACUGCAUGUGUACUGUUGGAGACAAGCUUUAUGUUAUUGGCGGAAAUCACUUUAGAGGAACAAGUGAUUAUGAUGAUGUUCUAAGCUGUGAAUAUUAUUCACCCACCCUAGACCAGUGGACUCCAAUUGCUGCUAUGUUACGUGGGCAAAGUGAUGUUGGGGUUGCUGUCUUUGAAAAUAAAAUCUACGUUGUUGGAGGGUACUCUUGGAAUAAUCGUUGUAUGGUGGAAAUAGUCCAGAAAUACGACCCGGAAAAGGAUGAGUGGCACAAGGUCUUUGACCUCCCAGAAUCACUUGGUGGCAUUCGAGCCUGCACUCUGACAGUUUUCCCACCAGAAGACAACACAGGGUCACCUUCUAGAGAGUCACCUCUUUCGGCACCUUAAAAAAAAAUCCUUUGACUUACGGUGUUGUGGUAAUACCUUUGCACUGCAUCAUGGAGUGUCUCAUUUUUCUUCAGUAGUAUCUGUUAGGCUUAGCCUACAGCAAUUGGUACAGUUACUGAGGGAGAAAAAAAGACUUUGACAUUACUUGUGCUGUUUGUUUGGCCUAGAAUGUUUAUUGAGUGGUUAACAAAGAUUAUGGAAAAAUGUACUCAACAGAGCCAAAUCUUUAACAAGUGAGAAACAAGAUAUUGUCUAUAAAAUAUAUGAAUUAGGUACGUUUUUAAUGUUGUGUAUUGGGUGUGAGGUACCUUGCAACUUACAUUAGGAAGCCCAGUAAGUCAAAUUGGAAGGGGUUGCAGUGAACGUGUAAUUAUGUUCACUAAACUUCAUAUUUGAAAGUCUUUCUUCCUUUCAUCUUUGAUUGCAGAUUUUAAAGGGAGGCAGCCUGCACCCAUGUGAACUCUGACAAAAGGUUGCCAGCAGGCCUGAGCUACCUCCCUCUUUUCACAGAGUAUUUUUGACAUAUCUCUUUACUGCCCAGCGGGGUGGGUGCUUUAAGAGCAUAUGGAGUUUCUUAGGCAGACAGGAGAAAUCAAAUAAUAAUUUAAAAAAUAUUAAUAUUAUGCAACAGGUGGACCCUGUAUAGGCCCGGGGUUUUUUAAUAACGUAUAUUGAGGGUUUUUUCCCUGACUCAAUUAAGUGACACUUCAAACAGAAGACUUAAAAUGUUUGGGCUUUUUAACUUUUGGUCUCUUCCCCCUCCCCCACACACCCAGUAAUCCGCUUCUGCUUGUAAGGGAGCCUAAACUAUUAAUAAAUUGGAAUUCAGUACAGUUGUAUGACCUGUUGUAUGCCUGUAUUGAGUUAUGUGGAUAAGGGCUAGAAAUGUUAAUUCAAGCCACUACAUUUGACCAAAUUGUUCCUUCAGAUCAAAUUUAAUCUAAUUUUUCUCCUUUGCUGUUGAGAUAACUUACAUAUUACAUGUCCUUUGUAUAGUCUCAGUUAAUAAGGUUAUUUAGCACAAAGUGCAGCUUCAGCAGGAGAGCUGCUGUUUGCUCAGUGAACUCAGACUACCAUGUUUUACCUUCUUUUGUUCAAUAAAACUUUUAACUGCAAUUAUUCAGCCUAAGAUACCUCAUUAAUGUUACUUGGAUCUUCUUCUUCUGCUCACUGUUGCCAGGGAUACACAUUGCGUAUAUCUGUGUGGGUAGAUUAAUUUGCUAGGAAACCAAUGCACAAGUGGUCUCGAAUGGGUACUUUGACCUACUUUCAAGGAACUAUUUUGGCCAUACUUGUCUAUUGUAAUUUUAAGGACUGAAAAUGUGGAAAUAAUAUCUGAACAAUUGUGCAUAGAGUGAGCUAAUAUUUAAAUGUUCAGCAGUACAAAUGUACUAGACUUAUUGGUUCCAACAUAAUAAUUUGCUUCUGAAUACGUUUUUUUUUAAAGUUCUGGUUUUAAAUCAAAUUAAAUUAAAAUGCAGGGCAAAUAAUUGCAAAUGUUAGUCAGUUUUGAUUAUCUAAACCCCAAAUCCUCAUUAUUGUUUUUGGCUUUCCAUUAUAAAAAGCACAAGAAUUUGUACUAAUUGCUAGCAAUCACGGUGGCUUUUGCAGACAUCUGGAGAUGGUUGUUUACAUUAUUUAACUUAUUUUAUUAUGGUAUCUAUUGCCAGUUACAAUAUCAAUCUCAGUAGCAUGCUCUCAGCAUAAGUGUUCUUUUCCACGUUUUUCCACUAUAACAGUAUUGGGUUUGAACCCUAAAUCUUCUAACAUCUGGUGUUUGUUUUUCUCUGAUGGAAUUUAAUUGGUCAUGUGUCCUUCACUCAUUAUUCAAAUGUACUUUUAUCACAGGUUUCAUAUUUUAACAUUAUUUUGCUUAAAAGCAAAGUGGAUCUUCCUAAAAACAUUUUCUAACUCUGAGCUAGUUAUGUUGAGUUGCUACAGGUGAUCCUGUAUGGAAAUGAAAGAUUGAAUGCUCUUGGGAAAUAUUUGACCUAUUGAAGAUCAAAUUUUACAUAGGUAAAAUAUUUUGUUCCACUCAUAGGAGACAGAAGAUAAGAAAAUAUUGCUGUCACUAAUGCAGAUAUUUAACAUACUUUACCUAUUUUUAGAUUAAAUGCCAACUCUAGAGAACUAUUGUGAACAUAAAACCCAGAGGCCUGUAUCAUAUUUACUUUAUUUUUCAACGAGAAAAGAAAUCUUCCUCCUAGAAAGAGAAACAGCAACUCAUUUUGGAUGAUUCAAGUAUGUUUUUGGUUUCUGAAUCCUUAGGGUCCACUUCUUGAAAGUGGAUCUUAGCCCCUGAUGGUCUGCACUCUGAAGAUGCUGAUGGUGGAAAGACCCUUUGGAGAUAUCUUCCUGAAGGUUAGAAGAGGAAGUCUAUCAGCUUCCCUGUCUGAGAGCAGCCAGGUAACUGGAACAUGGCAACUCUUUCAGUUUUAGGCAUUCUUUUUAAUGACAAAAUGUUAGCUAUAAUCCUUAAAUGCAACGUGCUUGUGUUGAAUUUCUGCACCAAUGCUGGAUGUAUAUGGGAUAAUGGAUUAGAUUUGUCCUUAAAUAAAAUGCUUCUCCUUUUGAA